AUGACAUCGUUGAGAGAAAGAAAGAGAGCUUUGAGAUGCAUACAAAGGAGACAAGUCAAAGGAAAACUAAACGAUUGUGAUCCUUGUGAAACAAGUUCAUCGAUGAUUCACCUGAGAGCUUACUGUUGCUAG